AUGUCGCAAGGCAAUGUGGCUAGGCAUGAGGGUGCCGAAGGCGUGUUGCAAGGCAAUGUGGCUAGGUACAAAGGUGCCAAAAGAGACACAAAACUUGCAUGUUGCAAGGCAAUGUGGCUAGGUAUGUGUCGCAAGGCAAUGUGGCUAGGCACAAAGGUGCCGAAAGCGACACAAAGCUUGCAUGUCACAAGGCAAUGUGGCUAG